CGUGGUAUAUGCUGGAAGAUCAUUCAAGUGGUCGACCCCUGCUACCCCGCCUUCGUACUCUGGUGGUUAUCGAGAUUGAUGCCACCAAGCUAGGUGCUUUGAUGCUCUUGAUCUCGCCUUCUCUCCGAAGACUCAGGAUGUCGUUCAUGGAGGGAUCGUUUGCCGUGGAAUCUGCAAGUCAUUCGCAGCCGUCAGCUACUGAUUCCCUUCUCCCUCACGUCAUCGCCGCUGUUCCUGACCUGACCGAUUUCUGGAUAGAAUGUGGCCUGCCAGAAGACCUGCCUCCGCGCUACCUGUCCGAGCUCGCACGACUGGAGCGACUCGAGAAGCUCAACAUCAUUUACUCCGGAGCCGUCGUUGACCACGAAGCUCUCCGAUGCAUCUCUUAUAUGACUGCGCUGCGCGCCGUCGAGCUCUCCAUCUGCCUCGACAGUAUUGGUCUCUCGGAACCCCUGCAGCUUGGCGAGGCGUUCCUCGGCCUUGAAGACGUACAUCUCUCUGGCAGUAUUCACGACAUCCGCCGCGUAUUCGAAGCCGUCCAAUUCCCGAAAUUAGCCAGUCUCGGGCUGUCCAUAUCGACAGCACCGACGAUGGAGGUCUUGACGGACUCGCUCGCCAUGGUGUGCGACAGGGUCUCCAGAUCCACGACUGAGGUCCAUCUAUUCAUCUCUGCCGAGAUGGACUCACCAGACAUCUCCCUGAGUGACAUCCUCCAACCGUACCUCCCCUUCCGCGAGAUGACCAGCAUGAACAUCGAGUUCGACUACCACCUCCCCGGCUGGCAGGACGAAGACAUGCUCGCCUUCGCAGAUGCCUGGCCCGUUCUCGACCACUUCUACUUGGCCUGCGCUGCGGAUGCUAUUCGAGGCGCGCCACUCCCACUCCCAAGCCAGCCGACGGUCGCUGGGCUAAUCGAGCUCGCACGCCGCUGCCCUCGGUUGAGAUACGUCACGAUGCCUUCGCUGGACGUCAGGACGCUUCCGUCGCCGCGCGAGGUGCCGCCGGUCGAGCACCAGUCGAUGCAGUACCUGGAGGUCAGCAGGUACGUCGGGGGAGGGACGGCGAACCUGCUUGACCUCGCGGUCAUACUUGACGUCCUGUUUCCACGCCUGAAACGGAAGCGUUGCUGCGUCAGGGCGAAGGACGGCGUUGCACCGGAUAACACGGAUGCAGAACACCUCUCUGUGCGUAUGACAGAGUUGCUGUUGGCAGCGCUGUCGGCACGCAGAGAAUUGCUCGACGGGACCCCAACUGCGGAGGCAUCUGGCGGCCCGGCGGGGUGGGGUGAGAGUGCUCAGGCAGAUCAGCCAGCGUAACUCGAGCGAAGAGCAGGGAUAGUAACCGGGGAUAGCACAGACAGACAGCGUCAGUCGUCGUCGCUCGUGUCGCGCCGUUUUCUGGUCAAGCGAUCGUGUUUAGAGGACGACAUGCAUGUUUGACGGUAGAGAUCGCGCUGAACGAGAGUAGUACAUGUUCAAUAGACCCGACAUUCGUCCGAAUGUGGAAAAGAUGAGUGGCCGAUUCCCCAUAGGCCACAAAGCUCCUCGAAAAGGCAGUUCAAGUACGGUGGCUUAGAAACACGGCCACGUGAUCGUUCACGCGUAUCCACUUCCCGGCCCCUAUUGUGUUUGACAUAGAAGAUAAAAUGGGACUCAUACAUGAUCGCGUCUGGGCGUGAAGCAGAC